GUCGACCACCGCCUUCGCGUCUCGAACAUUUGACAUGGCGGCGACCAACAGCCAGCGCGGCGGCAUCGUCCUCUUUGGCGAUGGCUCAGAGCCACCUCCCGUAUCGGAUGCCAUCUCGCUCCAGAGCUCGUUCGAAGACAAUGCGUCCGAUGUCGAGUCGGUCGUCGUUGGCAACGCGUUUACGCGCAAACCCCCACCCGCGUCGUACACGUUCCGGACGAAUUUUACGACCAAGCCGGCGCUCGGGCUCUACGAAGGCAACCAGAGCGAAGAAGCCAUCUUGGAAGAGUCGCCGUCGCGCAACCGCGCGCAUGGCGACUACCUCGACGGCGCCAAGACGCUCAACCCGCUCUCGAUCCUCGUAUGCGCGGGUAUCGGCCUUGCGGUUGGCUUUGCCCUCUCACGUUUGGAUGUGAGUCCCGACGCUGCGUCGUGGAUCGCACUCCCGGGCGACCUCUUUGUAAGUGCGCUCCGGUGCCUCAUCGUGCCCAUGGUGUUUUGCUCGAUGGCCGCGUCCGUCGCCGACGUCAUUGCCGCCAAGAAGACGACGCUCCUCGGGUGGCGCACGGUGCUCACCAUCGUGCUUUCGGUCACCUUCUCGGCCGUGCAAGGUAUCUUGAUCUCGGUGCUCUUUCAGUCCCGGUUUGUGCCGGACGCAGCGCCGGCGGUCGCGAAAGCAGCUGCGAAUUUGACGUUCACGCUCCAGUGCCACAACUUGCGCUAUCUCGAGAUGCUUCCGAGUGGCCGCAUUGCAUGCAGCGCGGCCAACACGUCCCGACGUUCCACGCUCUUUGAUGCGGUUGAUGUCAACGGCCUCUACCGGUUCGAGACGCCGUUCCAGACGCUCACGCUCACGGACCAGCUCAUCUCGGUGCUCCAUUUGAUCGUGACCGACAACAUCUUUAACGCUGUGCAAAACGGGUCGCUCCUCAGCAUCAUCAUGUUUGCGCUGCCGUUUGGCGUCGCGAUCGCCAAGUCAUUUGCAGGUCCCAUCUCGGGCAACCUUCUCGUCGUGCUCAUCAAGCAGACGCGGAACGCCAUGUUGAUUUUAAUCAACACGGUCAUGCGCCUCACGCCGAUCGCGGUCGUUUUUUUAAUUGCAUCGGCCGUCAUUUCGUUUAGCUCGAACGCCAACAACGUCGCGGGCCAAGUGGGCUUCGCCGUCCUCGCGUUCGUGCUUGGGAGUAUGAGCCAUGUCUUGCUCGUCAUGCCGCUCUUCCUCUUUCUCACGACGCGCAUCAACCCGUACGCCUACCUCCGGCAACUCACGUCGGCGUACGUCUUUGCGUUUGGCUGUGCGUCGUCGAUGGCCGCGCUGCCCAUUGCUGUUUCAUCGAUCCACCAGACCCGCCAGGUGUCGCGGCCGUUUGCGCAACUCAUCAUGACGCUCGGGACACCCGUCAACUUGAACGCGUGCGGCAUGUACUAUCCAAUUCUUGUCACGUUCAUGGCCAACAUGGCGGGGCACGGCGACAGCCUUGGCUUGCCGCAGUGGAUCAUCUUGUUCUUUGUGAGCAUCCUGGCGUCGAUGGGGACCGCGCCCGUCCCCAACUCGGGUCUCGUCAUGCUCAUUACGGUCUGGAAGACGGUCUUGCCGAGCCAGAACCUUCCCGCGGCGUUUUCGUACGUCGUUGCGAUCGAUUUUAUCAUGGACCGUAUCGCGACCAUGGUCAACAUCAACGGAAACAUGGUUGUCACGCGCAUUCUCUCCGAGCAGGUCGACGAAGCGAUGGAAGUCUGGGCCAACGAGCAAAUCGUUCGCUCUGAUUUUCCAACCAAUGUCGUGGCGUUUUAGGGCAUUUCACGGCAACAACAUGGUGUAAUAUACCCUUCUUGAUAACCGUAAAAAUUCUGUUG